AUGCGUCAUCUUGGAAUUAAACGAUUACCGUCAAGUUUCCAUAUACAAAGAACUAUAAAUAAUAUUCGGAAAUUUAAUAAUAGCAGUGCUAGUAAAAUAAUUGACGAGAAAUUCAAACUAAUUUUCAAUAAAGAAAUUAAUGAUGCUUUGAUAAAGCAGAAACCUAUUAUAGCUCUCGAGUCGACAAUUAUAUGUCAUGGAAUGCCAUAUCCGCAGAAUCUGGAUACUGCUUUGGAAGUUGAGCGUAUUGUACGCCAAAAUGGAAGUGCACCUGCCACUAUUGCUAUUCUUAAUGGCCGAAUUCAUGUAGGAUUAGAAUCAAAAGAUUUAGAAAAACUAGCGAAAAUGGGAAAAUCCGUAAAAAAAUGUUCGCGUCGAGACCUUGCGCUUGCUGUCUCUCAAGGACUUACGGGUGCUACUACAGUUGCUGGAACUAUGGCUAUUGCUCAUAUGGCGGGGAUAAAAGUUUUUGUAACUGGAGGAAUUGGUGGCGUUCAUCGGGACGCGGAGACAACAAUGGAUAUAAGUGCAGAUUUAACAGAACUGGGUAGAACUCCCGUAGCAGUUAUAUGUGCUGGUGUUAAAUCAAUUCUGGAUAUUGAGAAAACGUUGGAAUAUUUGGAAACGCAAGGGGUUCUCGUUUCCACUUUUGUCGAGAAUAGAAAUGGUAAUGGUGAUGAUGAUUUCGAGUUUCCUGCUUUCUUUACGCGAAAAAGUGGAUUCAAAAGCCCUUCAAGUUUAAAAACCAUCAAAGAAUGUGCAUCAUUAAUUUACUAUAAUUCACUGCUCAAUCUACAAAGCGGUCUUGUUAUAGCAGUUCCUAUUCCCGAGAAAAAUGCCGCAGAUGCUGAACUUAUACAAGUGGCAAUUGAGAAUGCAUUGAUGGCGGCGAGAAACAUAGGAGUCUCCGGGAAAGAAGUUACUCCGUUCCUCCUUAAGCGAGUGAACGAGCAAACCCAAGGGGCUUCUUUAAAAGCUAAUAUAGCAUUAGUCAAAAACAAUGCAAUAAUAGGAAGCCAAAUUGCAAAGUGUCUUGCCGAAGACUUUAAUUGUUCGCACGAAAAUAGGGAAAAUUAUAUUGAUACGCAUCAUCCAAUAAACGACAUGAAACAAGAACAACCCACACAACAGAACAAGCUAGUAGUGAUAGGUGGCAUUGCAGUAGACAUCGUAUCGACAUUGGAUCCAAAAUUUAAAGACUACCACCGCACAUCUAGUCCCGGAAAAAUACGAUUCUCUCUAGGUGGGGUAGGACGAAAUAUUGCAGAAGCAGCUUCGAGAAUAGGCGUUAGCCCACUUUUUAUUUCGUCGAUUGGACGAGAUAUACCUGGAACUUGGUUGUUAAAUAAAAUGAAAGAAAUUGGAAUGGCGACUGAAGGUUUACAGAUUUUGGAUGAAAAACCUACGGGUGUGUACAAUGCAGUUCAUGAUCCAUACGGAGAUUUGUUAUAUGCAGUGGCAGAUAUGGAUUUUGAUAAUAUUUCGGGUGAUUUGAUAUCAGAAGCAAUAAAGAAGAAUAAACCGAAUUUGGUCUGUUUCGAUGGUAACGUUUCAACAACAUGUAUAACAUCUAUAAUAGAAACAUGCCAAGCUUUGCAGAUUCCAGUCUUUUUCGAGCCUACUUCCGUCCCGAAAUCCAAAAAAAUUGUGAUGCAUUUUCGCUCACUCUUGCCCACGAAUAUUAUCCGUUACACUUCCCCAAACAAGCUUGAACUUGCCGCAUUGCACAAUGAAGCUGAAGCACUUGGAUUGUUUGAUUAUGAAGCGUAUAGUCAAGAUCUAACAGAUGUUGAAAAAGUGAUCGGAAAAAGCAACGAAAAGUUAUCUUUGCUUAACGAAGAAAUAUUCUUUCAAUCUGCACGUUUACUUCCUUAUAUUCCAAACAUUAUAGUAACAUUAGGCAACCAAGGAGCACUACUGGUACAAUCGCUUGCUGAUCCUCCAUUAAUCAGGGAUGAAUCGAAAUUCCGCGGCAAUAACUUCGAGAUAAUUGUGCCAAAGAGAGUUCGAGAAGAUGGAAGAGGUGGUGGUGCGAUACGGUUUCGGUAUUUUGAACCAACUGUUGUUGAGAAUGAGGAGGUGGUUAAUGUGACCGGUGCUGGAGAUAGUUUUGCUGGAGCCUUAGCUGCAGGACUUUCUUAUUAUGGCGAUAAGCCUAUUGAUGACCUUAUUGAUGGUGCACAGAAAGCAGCAGCAUUAACGUUACAAUCUCAUGAGACGGUGAGCGAAAAGAUUACGCCAAAAUUAUUGGCAUUGUGA